AGUUUUUUCAAAAAACACAAAAACCCAAUACAAAAUGGCUGACGACGACCGCGAAGAGCCCACGACUGGCGACGACAAGGACGAAGUCGUUGAGAGCAACGAUGUUCACUUUGAGCCCAUUGUCAAGCUCAACCAAGUGGAGGUCAAGACCCUCGAGGAGGACGAGGAUGUCCUGUUCAAGAUUCGUGCCAAGCUUUUCCGAUUCGACAAGCCCACGGGCGAGUGGAAGGAGCGCGGCACUGGCGAGGUCAAGUUCUUGCAAGAUCGCACCACCAAGAUGAUCCGUCUGCUCAUGCGCCGAGACAAGACCCUGAAGGUCUGCGCCAACCACAUUGUUCGCGAUGAUAUGGUCCUCCAAACCAACGUCGGAAGCGACCGCGCUUGGGUCUGGAACGUUGUUGCCGACUUUGCUGACAACGAGCCCAAGCCUGAGACGCUCGCCAUCCGCUUUGCCAACGCCGAGAACGCCAAACUGUUCAAGGACAAGUUCGAAGAGUCUGGCCGCAACAAUGCAUCAAACAAGGGUCAAACACCUGCAAAGGGCGAUGCCCCCAGCAGCAGCAGCAGCGCGGCAACACCAGCAAAGGAGGAUGACGCAGCAAAAGUUGCCGAGAAGCUUGGCGACCUCAAAGUUGCGGACAAGCCGGAGGGCGACAAGCCCACUGCUUAAAUGUCUUCCUCAGUCUGUUGUUGUGUCCUAGUGAUCUGGUGGUCUUGCUUAAUCCUCUUUUGUUUUGUAGUAAUCAAACAAAAACAAAAAAACACUUUCCUAACGAAAAACACGUUUACCUUCUUUGUUAUUUGUUUCGGUGUUGAUUUUUUUUUUGCCCUAGUGUCCGUAUUGCACUCAAAGAUACAGUAUAAUGCU